AUGGAGUUCGUGGGUGCUCACCUCCUUACGCUGAGAGAUGGACUCUGCUAUUAUCCUUCUAAUCUAGAUCCAGAAGAUGCAAAGCGCGGCUCGACCUUGAUAAUAAGGGCAGAGAAUCUCUUGCUCAUCUUUCAUGACCUCCAUCCCGAGUUAAUUGGACCUCUGCUUUCCCAUCCUCCAGCCUGUCACUCAUUUCCGAUGGAGGACUUUGAUAGCCCCUUCUCAAAGUCAACUUAA